AUGGUCAAGACCUUUCUUGGCAUGAAGGGCAAGUCCCUCAACUGGGCCAUCAGUACCAUUGCCGGAAUGGACUUUUUGCUCUUUGGUUACGAUCAGGGUGUCAUGGGUGGCAUUUUAACCCUGCCCAUCUUCCUGGAGCAGUUUCCUACCAUUGACCCCGACAUGGCCGACGAGACGGCUUCUGCCUCAGCCAGAUCAACCUACCAGGGUAUCGCUGUUGCUUCGUACAACUUGGGAUGUUUCAUUGGUGCCAUCAUCACAAUCUUCAUCGGUAACGCUCUCGGACGCAGGAGGAUGAUCUUCCUCGGUACUGCCAUCAUGGUCGUCGGUGCUGCUCUCCAGGCCUCUGCUACCACUCUGCCCCAUUUCAUCAUCGGUCGAAUCAUCACAGGCCUAGGGAACGGUGGAAACACGUCCACCGUCCCCAUGUGGCAGUCUGAGACAUGCUCGGCGCACAAACGAGGCAAGCUGGUCAUGAUCGAGGGCGCUUUGAUUUCUGGUGGAAUCAUGAUCUCCUACUGGAUUGACUACGGAAUGGCCUUUGCCCCCGGUUCUGUCGCCUGGAGAUUCCCUCUUGCGUUCCAGAUCUUCUUCUGUCUCCCUAUUCUUGCGCUCGUUCUGUCCCUACCCGAGUCUCCCCGCUGGCUCAUCCUCAAGGGUCGCGAAGAUGAGGCCCGGGAUGUCAUUGCCAGUAUCGCCAACAAGGAAUCCGAUGACAAAUAUGUCGAAAACGAGUACAAGGCCAUCAAGGACACCGUCAUGGAGAUGAGCAAGGGUUCAUACGCUGAGGUUUUUGCCCGCGACGAGAACCGUACACUGCACCGUACCAUUCUUGCCUUCAUCAACCAGAUGUUCCAGCAGAUCUGCGGUAUCAACCUCAUUACCUACUACGCCGCCGAGAUCUACAAGAAUAUUGGUAUGAGCCACGACUUGUCCCGCCUUCUCGCCGCUCUCAACGGUACCGAGUAUUUCAUCGCCUCGUGGCCUGCCGUCUUCCUGGUUGAGCGUGUCGGUCGCCGCAAGCUCAUGCUGUUCGGUUCCAUUGGCCAGGCUGCUACAAUGGCCAUCCUCGCUGGUGUAAACUCGGUCACGGGCGAGCUGCCUUACCAGAUCGCCGGCAUUGUCUUCCUUUUCGUCUUCAACACCUUCUUUGCUGUUGGCUGGUUGGGCAUGACCUGGCUGUACCCUGCUGAGAUCACCCCCCUUCGAACUCGCGCCCCAGCUAACGCCCUGUCCACUUCUUCUAACUGGAUUUUCAACUUUAUGGUCGUCAUGAUCACUCCCGUUUCCUUCCAGAACAUCAAGCACCACACCUACACCAUCUUCGCCGUUAUCAACUUCCUCAUCAUCCCCUGCGUCUACUUCUUCUUCCCCGAGACCGCCUAUCGAUCUCUCGAGGAGAUGGACAGCAUCUUCCAGAAGGUCAAGGGUCUUGGCGGUGCCUUCUCAGUCGUCGAGCAGGCCAGGAUCGAGCCCCGUCGCUAUGGCAAGAACGGCGAGCUGCUCAUCAGCGUCGAAGAGGCCGAUGGAAAGCCUGAGGCGCAGCACCACAACAAUAGCUCCGAUGACGGAACUGCCGGCAAGGGUGUGCUCUCUGCAUAG